UUAUCAGACGUGUACUUCCGGUUACAAGAUGGCAUCCGAAAAGAAGGAUUCGAAGACUUCACCAAAUCAGCAGAAAGAUGAGCAGUGGUCUAUUGAAGACAAACCUGUCAAGAUUGACAGAUGGGAUCCCUCGGCAUUGAAGAACUCAUUAGACGAUGCUGCUAAAAAGGUGCUGCUGGAGAACUUUGGCUACACGGAAUCUCACUCACUCAUGGACGGCCGACUUGCCAUCUGUACCAUCGCUGUGGGCUUCGCCAUGUUUGCCCUCGUGUGGGACUACUUGCGACCAUUUCCUGAAUCUCGACCGAUUCUUAUCAUGUGUGUACUGUCCUAUUUUGUGCUGAUGGGCGUGCUCACUGUGUACACAACGUACGUGGAGAAGGGCUACUUCCUGGUGGUGCGGGAGAAGGACCGUGCUGGGAUGGACCCUGACAACAUCUGGAAACUCUCAUCCUAUCUGAAAAAGUAUGAUGAUGUUUAUCAUCUGUCAGCAUCCUUCAUUGAUGGGAAAACAGGCGAGACACGCUCGCGAGACAUCAGCCACUCAGUAGCCAAGUUCUUUGACGAGACCGGAACACUAUGUGCAGACCUCUUUGAGCCGUUGAUUAAGCAAGUGAAACAGAGCCUUGACACGGAGAAGAAGAAAAACUAAUGCAGGGAGGGUUGUGUGUGGGAAAAUGUAUGUAUGUGCUUUGUUGCAGGUGGAGGGUGAGAAUGCUUCGAAUUUUUGGAGAUUGAAAGGGCUGGACUGGAAGGUGGGUGGGUGGGUGGGGGAGACAAUGUUUGUAGGGGAUAUAGGUUUAGGAUCAAAGGGAUCGAGUUUCUGGGAUGGAUAUUAAUCAAAAAACAAAAUCGCCUCCAGGGCUAGUGGGAUUUUUGCUGCUACCCCUGCAAAAGGUAAUCCAUUUGAAAUAAGAAGACAUUCUUUUUUCAAUCUUUAAUGCCUCAAAUGUUGUGCCAAAAUUAAUGUCUAUCUCUGAAAUUUAACAAUGAGAGUCAAGAGGAUGAUAUAUGAUUUACAGCAUAUGUAAAAAAAACAGUGAAUGGGCUUGUAAAAUUACAACUUUUUUAUUUCGGGCUUACGGGCAAGUGUUAAUUUCCAACUUUGGGUAUGGGUUAGGGUGGGGAAAAAGGAGCACAUGAAGGAGGACAGAUUUGAUAUACUGUAAAUCUUGAAAUUAACGCGAGCGUGAACUAAAUGCCAAAAAAGCGAGUGGUCUUUGCUGGCAUUAAUUAUCUUUGCAUUUAUGUCUCCAAAAUGACUAUCAACAAUAAGACGGCUUCACUGCACACUUUGGAUAGCGGAAAUACCAACUUGAAUAUAGACACAAACACGGUUUAUUGAGCAGCAGUUGUAACAAGUAUAUUACUGAUAUAACAAUGUCAUUCAAAGGAUAGAAAAUACACAAUGGGCAUCGGUGAGUUAUCACUGCUGGGGUUAAGAGUUCUACCCACUCGUGUCAAGCUUGUUGACACCUCCGCAUACCAAUCAGUGAACUGUUAUUGGUUCAAUUAUAUUAAUGAUUUUGAACUUCCCUAAUGUAAACAUAAAAACUGUGUUGUUUUUAGGAAAACACUGUUUAUUGUUUUUUACGGAAGAUCUCUACUUAAUUCUAAUAUGCGGUGCUAUUUGCUGUUUGAUUGGAUUAAGGUAGAUUUAGAUUAAGGUAAGGUUGGAUUAAGGUAAGGUUGGAUUAAGGUAAGGUUGGAUUAAGGAAAGGAUAUGCAUCAUUCUACUGGGGAUGGGGUCGGGGGAGUCGCAUUGAUAUUGAGUCGAAUUUGGGGCUAGCAGUCGUAUUAAUUUGGAGACGCAUUAAUUUCCAGAUUUACAGUAUAUAAACAAGGGCACAAUGCCUGGAAUAGACUCAAAUUGGUCCAAAAUGGAAGGAAUGGUAAAACAUUUGAAAGCAAUGGUUUUGAUUGAAAGUAAGCUUAUUUUUAAGAACCUUUGUGUUUGGAACAUUGCUUCCAUGAAGGUCUUACCAUCUAGCUAAAGAAAACAUAAAAGCUCCAGGGUAAGUAAACUUAUGUGUGAAGAUAGACAUAGUCCAUGGAUAGAACGUGGAGUUAACGUUUGUAUGAAAUCUUUGUUUUGUAUGGGAUGUGAAUUGUUCCAGCUGAUUGUCGUAAUGAGAGAUGUGUCUUAUUUCGGAGCCAUUGGUUAUGUUGUUGUUUAUGUUGGUUGAUUUUGUUUUCCCAUAUGUGUUUUCCAUCAACUCCAAUCUGGAACAUGUUAUUGCCUUAAUCAGCUGUACCUCAAUCUGUGUUUUCAUCCCAAUCAGGCUGAAACUGAGAUUGUAUGUUUUGUCAUUGUCAUACAUCAUGAAAUAAAAAAGUAAUUCUUCA